CCCAUGCCAGGUCUUCGUGAUCGAGAAAAAUUUUCAUCUGAUAAGAUCAUCGUCGUUUCAUUCCACCUCGCGUAGCCAUUCACCGUGUGCACCCGUGGCAUCAUUGGGUGGGCGCUGGAUCGCCUUAUUCACGAAGAGAAUGGAGUUGGAGCUUGUACCGGGGUGCGACGAAAGACUUCUCUCCGACCUCGGCCUUUGCAUUUCUCUCAAGUCGGUAGUGGACAUGGCGACGAGACAACAAUUUAUCAACGCCAGUCGACACUGUCGUCACUCACCCUGACUGUUGCUUGGCAACACUCGAUCAUAUCGGAUGGCCGAGUUUCAGAGUUCCCGAUCACGGUUGUCUGACGAUUUCAAUCCAGGUAUGACACUGGACAUCUUCACGGGUUGGAAUGCUGUCAGACGACUUGAAUUGUACCCGUCUAUAUCUAUCUUCUUGAUUUGGCUCCGAACAAUAAUGUCGCCUAGGUCGCACUUCCAAGCAAACAGACAGCAUGGCAUGUCAGUCGGAGAACACCCUCGGCCUCACGGAGCCCUUACCCGAGAGCACGUAUGUCCCCGUUGAUCUCAGUGCGAUGGAGAUUCACAACUGGCUUGCCUAGAGUCGUAUCGCGGCGGUGUAACGAUGAAAGUACACCACAAGAGCGUUCGCGGUGUCACAGUCGCGACGAAAUACAAGUCACCCAAAACACCUACGUCGGGUUUUCGAGAGGACUUGGCGCCAUCCACCCCAGCCUUGGCUUGACUGGGAACUCCAUUUUAUGGAUGCCAGCUUCCCUCUGCUCACCUCCAGAGCGUCGAAGCGAUAUUCCUCUUCCAGAUAAUCAAAGCUCCUGUAUGAGGACGUGAUUAGAUUUGAUAACCGAAUCUUAUCAUCAGUCACAUAAUUACGGAGCCAAGCCCCGGCCAACUUCCACGUUCCACUCUCCUCAGCUUUUUCGCACCAUUGGGCUCAGAACGACAAGCCCAGUAUGCCUUCGCUUUAGAUCACUAUUUGCCCUAUGUUCUGGGCGCCGAGCCGCUUGCUAUAACGCAAGUCAUGGGUGAGGGUAGAAGCCCACGCCAAUGCUCUCGCACACCUCUGGCACACCAGCUGCACAUGCUACUGGGACCACAGUCUGGACUCUGGGUUUAUGCCGCUAGAGCCAUGGCAAUUGAGCAUUCUCAGUUACAGUCUGCGCCGUCGCUUAGGUACCUACGCGUGUCUUGUCCACACGAUAUCAGCCGAUACAAGAGAUCACUUGAGGCUUGUGAAAAUGUCAAGACAGAAAAAGUUUUUCGCUCUUGGCCAUCCAGAGGCAAGGUUCAUUCGAGCGCACAAGCCAAGUGAUGGCAAAUUACCUUCGACGAAGGUCUCGUUGUUAAUUGGCAUGUCGUGAAGGAUCCGACAUCGGGAUUCAACUGGGCACUGCAAUACCCUUUGCUCGCGAUGUUCUGCUUGGCUAAUAGGUCUAGGCUCGAUGGUAUAGCAUGACAUGGCUUUAUACUAGGCCAUUGGAGUGAACUAAUCCAUCCACGUUGAUAUUCCUCGUCCACUGGAGAUUACCAUUCGCAUCAACACCUGGUCGUCAGAGACACUUUCACCAUGGCGGCUGCUGGAAGAUUCAAGCUCAACUCGCUAAGACAGUUCUUGCGACCAGAUGGAAACAGUAUCGCUGAACAAAGCCGCGAAAACACCGUGUUGGGGAGUGUCGACGACAAGAAUGCCGCGACUCACGCACACGAACCCAUCAGUGGUAGUAAUGGGAGCGAUGAAAUCCAGCCAGCAGAGUUCCCAGCCCAAGAUGCUCAGGAAGGCGUGAGAAGGGUUGAAGCAAUCACGCUUGCAUGGAGUAGGACGUCCCUAAUCGUCACCUACAUGUGCUUCUAUCUGCUGUACUUUGUCAACGCCUUUCAGUUUUCCAUCACGGCCAAUCUUACACCAUACGUGACCAGUGGAUUCGAAUACCACUCGCUUAUCCCAGUCAUCUACAUCGUCUCCAGCGUGAUGACGGGGGCGGCCUAUCUGCCGAUUGCGAAGAUGUUGGAUAUUUGGGGUCGGCCAGAGGCGUUCCUGUUCAUGGUCAGCCUAGGCACACUGGGCCUCAUCCUGCAAGCUGCCUGCACCAACAUUCAAACAUUCUGCGCAGCCCAGGUCUUUACGAGCAUCGGAUUCACCGGCAUGAUCUACUCGGUGGAUGUCAUGACCGCGGACACCAGCAAGUUGAAGAACCGGGGCCUCGCCUUCGCAUUCACCUCGUCUCCAUACAUGGUCACGGCGUUUGCAGGCCCCAGUGCUGCAGAGGGCUUCUACGAAGACAUCAACUGGCGCUGGGCAUUUGGAACCUUUGCGAUCGUCACUCCGUUUGUAGCUGCGCCGUUGUACCUCGUCAUGCAGUACAACUUGCGGAAAGCGAAGAAGCAGGGAUUGUUGGACCGGCCCAAGAGCGGCCGAACACUGUUUCAGAGCAUCUGGUUCUACAUUAUUGAAUUUGAUGCUUUUGGUGUCAUUCUCCUUGCCACGGGGCUGGUUCUCUUCCUCUUGCCCUUCUCCCUAGCCCAGUCGACGGCGGAUGACUGGGAAUCAGGCUCCAUCAUCGCAAUGCUCGUCGUGGGCUUCGUGCUGCUGCUUGGAUUUGCCGUCUUCGAGCGAUACCUCGCACCGAAGCCUUUCAUUCCGUACCAACUCCUCAUCUCGCGGACCAUUCUCGGGGCCCUCCUCCUCGACGCCGUGUACCAGAUCGCGUAUUACUGCUGGGGCAGCUACUUCAGUUCUUUCCUGCAGGUCGUCAACAACCUGACGAUCGCGCAGGCGGGCUACGUGAGCAGUACCUUCGACAUCAUCUCCGGCCUGUGGUUGCUCUUCGUGGGCUUUCUCAUGCGCGUCACGGGCCGCUUCAAGUGGCUGCUGCUGGGGGCCGUCCCGCUGUACAUGCUCGGCGUGGGCCUGAUGAUCCACUUCCGCCGGCCGCACACCAACAUCGGGUACAUCAUCAUGUGUCAGAUCCUCAUCGCCUUCGCGGGCAGCACCAUGAUCCUGUGCCAGCAGGUCGCCGUGAUGGCGGCGGCCGAGCACGGCCAGAUCGCCGCCGUGCUGGCCAUGCUCGGCCUGUUCGGGUACAUGGGCGGCGCCGUGGGGAACAGCAUCUGCGGCGCCAUCUGGACCCAUUCGCUGCCCGGCGCGCUCCAAAGGCUGCUGCCCGAGAACCUCAAGCCCGAGUGGGAGACCAUCUACGGCGACCUGACCGUGCAGCUGAGCUACCCGAUGGGCAGUCCGGCGCGCGAGGCGAUCAUGGAGGCCUACGGAAUCGCGCAGCGUAGGAUGCUGAUCGCCGGCACCAGCGUCAUGGGCCUGGCUCUCUUCUUUGUCCUGAUGAUCCGCAACAUCAACAUCUCCAAAAACGCCCAGGUCAAGGGUGUCUUGUUCUAGGAACGGGAGGCAAGCGUCGUGAUGGGGGUGGAACUGGCCGGAACUUGGAUAUCCAGCGUCCCCGCUGGCUGCGAGGUACUGAUCGCAAUCAUCAUUCCCAUGGGACGGCUUCUUCCAAAGAGCGGACUGGAUGGACUGGAUUGGAUGAGAUACUCGUGCAGUUUCACGCUCAGACACCAAGAACCCACGUCCAUCUUAUGACAUUUGAGAAGCUCAUAUUAAUCUGAUGGGUCAACCAGCCGAUCCAGAGUCCGGAGGCCCGCGAUUACCUCGUCCACCCGGUAUGUCGGCGCAAGAAAUAUGUAGUCAAGGGUGUCAGUCUCCUCAGGUAGAUUCUAUGAGCACCGCCAAGACAUUUAUUUGUACCACUGUGUUUGUCUUUGUGUCCUCUU